UGCCAAGUGUCAACUGUCAUCAGUUGGAAAAGUUGCUGCUGCUGUGCUAUCUUAAUAAUUUAAUCGUGAAACCCAUUUAAUUUGGUGUUUUAUUUUAGCUUUACGUGUUAUUAGCCUCUGACUUAAGUGUAACUUACAUUAUUAAAAGCUGUGGUAAAUUAAUACAAACCAAAGAUGUAAAAAACUGAUGAAAAAUGGGAACUUCAUGAUACAAUUUCAUAUAAAUCAAAAGUGAAGAGAAGAAAGAUUAAAAUAAUUUUCUUAAAUUGAUUGUGGUGCAGAAUUCAUCAUGAUGCAGCUGGCAGCUUGGUACCAGAAAAAGAUAAGUUCCUAUGAUAAGGAGGAAUGGGAGACUAUGGUGGAACAAUUGCUUAUGCGUGGCAAAUAUCGCAGGCGUAUUGUAGAUUCAUUUUCAACAGAUGCACGUUCAUAUCUUAUAGAUGUUGAUUUAGUUAGAGGGUCAUCAUUCCCAAAAGCAAAACCCACUCUUGGUAUGCGGCGUGUGGUAUGGUUUGCGUUGAUGCGACUCAUAUUCCUUCCGGCGCUUUACCAAUGGUGGGCUCAGCAGACUUCACCCGCUUGCACCAAGUUCUUACUUGGCUUAUGGAUACUGCAAGUGCUUAAUAUGACAAUUUAUUUUAUGGCACCGAGUAACAUAGAAAUAGAUUGUAAUUGUUGGCUCCUGCCGUUGGGUCUGAUGAUUGUGUUAAGUGUUGUACACUCCCAGAUCGUUAGCACUACUGAAAUGGAGUUGGCUCGUGUACGACCACGGUCAACUUAUCGACGGAAAUUGCCGCGAUAUUUUCGGAGAACAAGAUCAGAAUGUGAUGGAGGCAGCGGCGGUGGUUCGGCUGAAAGUGGAGCAACUUCAAGUCAAAGCAAAACUCCCACCAAUAAACAUACUAAAUUCAGAAGGCGGCUAUCGAGAUCGGAUAUUACUGAUAGUGGUUUAAGGAAGCGCAAAAAAGAGUUGACCAAAGAAAAUUUAAUGAAAGAGCAAGAGAUUCCAAUCAAGACUAAGUUUAAGGAGAAGAAUAAAGCCAAAGAUUCUGAUGACGAAGAUUAUAUGCCGUGGAAGAAGCCAGAUUUAAAUGAGCCAAUUGUUAGAUUGACCCCACCUCCAGAAACGGCCAGUUGUAGUGCCCCAUUUAGAUACAAGCCUAACAUAUUGACUAAGAAGUAUUUAGAUAGUUAUAAUGUUCGACCAAACUUGCAAAAUAAUAGCGGUAGACCGAUAUUCGCAGACGGUGAUGAUGGCUUCGAAAGCCUUAAUGGAUAUAAUUCCAAUGGCAGUGAUCCUGAUAACAGAGGGAAAACACAAUCAGAUAGUACACUUAAAGAAAAAGUUGAAGCAGAACCGCCUUUGAUAAACGACAAUGAUCCAUUAAAUAAACCAUUUGAUGGAGAUGCAAACGUUAAAGAACCAAAUGACGUUAGAAAGGUAAAGAAGGAAGAAGACGAGAAAUCAAUUGAUCCGGACUCUGAUGGAGGAAUCCUCAGAAGUCCCAGUGCUAUUGGAAAGAGAAUCGGCGUAAGAUUUAGAAAUUCUUGGGAACAAGAAACGACGCAGCCGGAGUCUAGUGACGAUGAUUUCACGAAGCGAAAAGAUAAGAAACUGGACAAUUAUCAGUCUUCGUCAUCUGACGGGGAAUGUUCAGCGUCCGCGCCCUCUAUCGCACUGCCCUCGCACCACACCAUGUCAGAUUGGGUUGGACAAAUAACUAACAGCGAAGAGAGCAGUUACUGUUCACAAUCGGAGGGAGGUCACUCGGACGUGGGCUUCCCUUACACAGCGGACAGCUCGUGGGACCCAUUUACUAUACUCGAUACUACUAGUGAUACAGUGAAGUGCACGAUGUGGGAGCGCGGCUGGACGCUGCGCGCGGAGCUGUCCGCGGUGGACAUCAGCUGGUGCGUGGUGGCGCGGCGCGCGCUGAAGCAGCGCUUCCUGUACGCGAAGCUGUUCUCGCACCUGACGUCAGCGCGGCGCGCGCGCAAGUCGGAGCUGCCGCACUUCAGGCUCAACACCGUCAGGAAUAUCAAGACCUGGCUCUCAACCAGGUCGUACUUACGGCGGCGCGGGCCGCAGCGGUCGGUGGACGUGAUCGUGUCGUCUGCCUUCAUGCUCACCCUCAUACUGCUGGCCUGCGUCAGCGCGCAGCUGCUCAGGGAGUCGGUGACGCUGGAGUGCGGCUGGGUGCUAGAGGCGAUGGUGUGGAGCUGCGGGCUGGGCAUCCACCUGCUGCGGCUGCUGACGCUGGGCGGCAACGUCAACCGCAAGUACCGCGGCUGCCUCUCCGCCAUACUCACCGAGCAGAUCAACUUGCACCUCGCCAUGGAGCAGCGGCCCGACAGCAAGGACCAGCUCACCUUGGCCAAUAAUGUACUGAAACUCGCCGCUGAUCUGCUAAAGGAAUUAGACGCCCCAUUCAAGAUCUCAGGUAUCUGCGCCAACCACUACCUCUACACCAUCAUCAAGGUGGUGAUACUGUCCGCGCUGUCCGGCGUGCUGUCAGAGAUGUUCGGCUUCAAACUCAAACUGCAUAAAAUUAAAAUCAAAUAAUACAUACAUAUGAAAAUAUUUAAAUACAUAGAAUUAAUCAGGCGGAUUUAUAAAAAAUCUAGGACUGAAGAUUAUAAAGGAAUUGAUAGUCCAAUUGGAGAGUUAUUUAUUUUAUAUUCAUUAUUCCAGUUUCCUGAAAUGCCUAUGUGUUUAAAUAUUUGUAUAAUAAUUUAAAAAAAAAUCUCAUUGUUUAUGUCACAAAAGACAAUAGCUGUACUCAUUAGGUUAGGUGAAAAUAUUUGCCAUUUUUGUCAUAGAGACGACUAGUUUACAAAUAAUUAUUAGGUUUCGUGUA